CCCUGCCCACUGCCCGCGGAAACACCGUUGGGCUGGAGGACCGCAGCUUUGCUGUCCUCGCUGCGCGACCUUCACUGUGGCCUGGCAGGCCGCCUGGGGCUGCAUUAGGGCGUCACGCCCGCGGCUACCCUGGUCCGUGCGCUGCUCGGGCCUGCGGCCCCGGCCGGCUCAUCCCAGGGCCGCCACCCUCGCAUCCAGCCUCCUCGCCUGGCUGGAGGGCUUCCCGCGCCUCUGUGGGUUUUGCGUCCUCCCGUCUCAUUCCUCCCUCUUCUGGGGCUUGUCCAUUUCUUCCCCCUCCCUGUUGAACGUAUCCCGGCCCUUUUGGGUUUGGGGUCUCUGCCUGCCUUCUGUGCCGUCCCAUAGCUGCCUCUUGGAAGCCCACAGCGCUCUCCUCUGCACUCGCCCGCAUUUGCUGCAGCCGUGCUCUCCAGAGAAUGAGUUGACAGUACUUCAGUAGUUACCCUUUACUAGGCAGGUUGAAAAGUUAAUUCCCCUCAAUUCCUAAGGUGUUAACUUAGGCUGAUGGUCCUUUCAAAUUGACCGCCUUUGCUACUUUUUAGUUGUCUGGAGCAGCUUGUUUUUCUUCUUUUUCAAAUUUCUAGUCUGUAUAGUGAAGAUAGUAGUUGUCAGUUUAGGAUUGUGAAGAUUAAAUGAGAUUAUUCAAUAAAGUUGUCGAGCAUGUUAUAAUUUUUCUAUCUUCACCACAAUUUGUAUUGCUUAUAAGUGCUGUCACAGCAGUUAUUGCACAGCUUAACGCUGUUGUCAUGGUAAACAUUAUUUCCUUGACAAGACAAGUCACCACUGUAUGUUAGGUGGAAGAAUUUAUCCAGACAGCCGUUCCUGACCGUAGUUUCACCACCAUAAAGGUAUCUUUUUCAGAACGAAAACUGCCUUAUCAUAUGUUUCAAGGAUGGCUCUUCCUAUCAUUGUAAAAUGGGGUGGACAGGAAUAUUCAGUGACCACACUUUCGGAAGAUGAUACUGUGCUGGAUCUCAAACAGUUUCUCAAGACCCUUACAGGAGUGCUACCAGAACGCCAGAAGUUACUUGGGCUCAAAGUUAAAGGCAAACCUGCAGAAAAUGAUGUUAAGCUUGGAGCUCUCAAACUGAAACCAAAUACUAAAAUCAUGAUGAUGGGAACUCGAGAGGAGAGCUUGGAAGAUGUCUUAGGUCCACCUCCUGACAAUGAUGACGUUGUUAAUGACUUUGAUAUUGAAGAUGAAGUAGUUGAAGUAGAAAAUAGGGAGGAAAACCUACUGAAAAUUUCCCGCAGAGUGAAAGAGUACAAAGUGGAAAUUUUGAAUCCUCCCAGGGAAGGGAAAAAACUUUUGGUACUAGAUGUUGAUUAUACAUUAUUUGACCAUAGGUCUUGUGCAGAGACUGGGGUAGAAUUAAUGCGGCCAUAUCUUCAUGAAUUCCUAACAUCUGCAUAUGAGGAUUAUGACAUUGUUAUUUGGUCUGCAACAAAUAUGAAGUGGAUUGAAGCUAAAAUGAAAGAGCUGGGAGUGAGUACAAAUGCAAAUUACAAGAUUACGUUCAUGUUGGACAGUGCUGCUAUGAUAACAGUGCAUACUCCAAGGAGAGGAUUAAUAGAUGUAAAGCCUCUUGGUGUUAUAUGGGGAAAGUUUUCGGAGUUUUACAGCAAGAAAAACACCAUCAUGUUUGAUGACAUAGGAAGAAAUUUUCUAAUGAACCCACAGAAUGGACUAAAGAUAAGACCUUUUAUGAAAGCACACCUAAAUCGAGAUAAAGACAAAGAACUUUUAAAAUUAACCCAGUACCUCAAGGAAAUAGCAAAACUAGAUGAUUUUUUGGACCUGAAUCACAAAUAUUGGGAAAGGUAUCUCUCAAAGAAGCAAGGACAGUAGUUACAAGCUGUGCUGGCAGUUACUGAAGAUACUUGACAUCCAGGAGCAGCUUCUCGCUUUUGUGCUAGAGAUCAUCAUGAUAGUGCUGGACACUGCAGCACAUACCGACUGCUUAUCCUUGGUCUUCCAGUUUUUUUGUAAAUUUAAUUUUAUAUUUUUUGAAGAUCAUAGCAAUAUGCCAAAAAAGAAGAAAAAAGCUCCCCCCCAUAUGAAUAUACUAUAACUCUUAAAAAAUAUUUUCUCCAGCAUAGAGUAGUGAGUCCCCCCCACCUCACCCCACCCCCCACCCCCCACGAAGUGGCAGAAAUGUAUACUUAACAAUGUCAUUUUGUGACUUUGGAAACAAGUAUGUGUUGUGUUUUUGUCUCAGUGUGUUGUCUAAGCCCAAACCCAUCUUGAAACUACUGUUUUUCUCUUUAACACCAAAAAAAGGAAUGGUUUUUAGUAAGGAACCUAAUUUGGUUUGCUUAAAAUCAUCAAGAUUAUUUUUUAUUCCUUUGUCAUAAACACAGUUUCUCUUCUUACUCCACUACUUACAUUUCUGAAUUCUGACCUGUCUCAGUUUGGUCUGUAUGUGUGUCAGUGUUCUUUGAGUAAAACUGGAAAACGUCUGCUGUGAUACAGAUAUGUCAUAAUAUGACAAAUAGUAAACAUAAGACUGAGGAAUGAAAGUACAGAAAUAGAGUGUGUUUCUUUGUGGUGGCCAAGUAGAAGCACUCCUGCCUCAAACCAUUGUCUUAAAAGCAGUACAUUUUCAAAUGGGAUGUAUCACUGGUUCAGCCCUGAAAAGCAUGAACAAAAAGUUUUUGUUCUGUUCCAGCUCUGUCUUGUAGAAGUGCAGACACUGUGUUUCAGUGAAAAUACCUAGCCAUAAGAUGAAAAAAAAUUUAUUUGCAAUGCUUGUGCCUGCAGAUGUAAUGUGACCACUGUUUUGUGUUGACAGUAUUGCUUUAUACAGUUCUUCUACUUGAAAGGAAUCUGACUCUUUCAAAUAAACAUGGUAUAUAUUGUUCUUAUGGGGGGACUAUUUCAGUGGUGUAAAUAAUAAAUCUCUUUUCUUAA